UUGCCUCAGCGGCAGAGAGCGUUGGACAAACCUCUUGGCUUUCCCGCGCCGCGCCGCCUCCUGCAGCGCCUCCGCCUCCUCCUCUGCCUCUCCGUCGGCUUCCUCCUUCUCAGACUGCCGUCAGCCGCGCGCCGGCCGGCUCCGUUAUGGCGACCCGCAGCCCCAGCGUCGUGAUUAGUGAUGAUGAACCAGGCUAUGACCUGGAUUUGUUUUGUAUACCUAAUCAUUAUGCCGAAGAUUUGGAAAGGGUGUUUAUUCCUCAUGGACUAAUUAUGGACAGAACUGAAAGACUUGCUCGAGAUGUGAUGAAAGAGAUGGGAGGCCAUCACAUCGUAGCCCUCUGUGUGCUCAAAGGGGGCUAUAAAUUCUUUGCUGACCUGCUGGAUUACAUUAAAGCACUGAAUAGAAAUAGUGAUAGAUCCAUUCCUAUGACUGUAGAUUUUAUCAGACUGAAGAGCUACUGUAAUGACCAGUCAACAGGAGACAUAAAAGUAAUUGGUGGAGAUGAUCUCUCAACUUUAACUGGAAAGAAUGUCUUGAUUGUCGAAGAUAUAAUUGACACUGGCAAAACAAUGCAGACUUUGCUUUCCUUGGUCAAGCAGCAUAAUCCAAAGAUGGUUAAGGUUGCAAGCUUGCUGGUGAAAAGGACCCCUCGAAGUGUUGGAUAUCGGCCAGACUUUGUUGGAUUUGAAAUUCCGGACAAGUUUGUUGUUGGAUAUGCCCUUGACUAUAAUGAAUACUUCAGGGACUUGAACCAUGUGUGUGUCAUUAGUGAAACUGGGAAAGCAAAAUACAAAGCCUAAGAUGAGAGUUCAAGUUGAGUCUGGAAACGUCGGAAGUCCCAUUGACAUCGCCAGUAAAAUUUUCAAAUGUUCUAGUUCUGUGGCCAUCUGCUUAGUAAAGCUUUUUGCAUGAACCUUCUAUCAAUUUUAUCUGUUUUGUAUUUUAGAAAUGUCAGUUGCUGCAUUCCUGAACUUUUAAUUUGCACUAUGGGCUUAUAGACUAUCGGUUCCCUUUGGAUGGAUUGGUGUUUAACUUGUGAAUGAAAAAAAACUCUUAAACUACACCACUAUUAAACGAGAAUAUUGAAAUUGUAUCUGUAAGAAACAUUGAAAGAGAAGAUAUAUUAGUUUUUUAAUUGGUAUUUUAAUUUUUAUAUAUUCAGGAAAGAACAGAAGUGAUUGAAUAUUGUUAAUUAUACUAUCAUAUGUAUAUUAGAAAAGUAAGAAGCAGUUAGUUUUCACAUCAAUGACAGCAUCUAAGAGGCUUUGUUCUGUCGAAUAAACCUAUGUCUCAGUAGUGUUGACUAUCUCUUUCCACUUGUUCAGAUUAUUUCUGGUGAAUCUUUGUCAACAGUUCCUUUUAAAUGCAAAUAAACGAAUUCAAAAAAUGUA